AUGGCAAAAAAGCCAGCUAGGUAUGGAAUAAAGAUUUUUGCUCUUGCUGAUGCAAGAACUUUCUUUGCAUGUAAUUUAGAAGUUUAUGCAGGCACUCAGCCCCAAGGCCCGUAUCAUGUAAAUAAUUCACCAGUUGAAGUCGUCAAAAGGUUAACAGAAAAGUUAAAUUCUGAGAGCAAUGUAACAGUCGACAACUGGUAUACUAGUUAUGAACUUGCAAAGUAUCUCCUUCAGAAAAACAUUACUCUAGUGGGCACCAUAAAAAAGAACAAGAGGGAAAUACUGAAAGAGUUUGUGAACAGUAAAAAUCACCCUGUAACUGCAUGUCAUACCCAAACUGUAGAGCGAUUGUUGGGCAGUGCUAAAUGGACUAAAUGGAGAAAGUACCGUCAGCAGAGCAUUGAUCGCAGCAUUUACAAUCAUAUUUGA